GAGAGGAUCCAUUCGAUUAGAGGUUUUUUAGAGAGAGAGAGAGGGGGCAGGUUUUUUUUGUAGAGAGAGAGAGAGAGAGGGGGAUGGGGGAGGGAAAUCCAUUCUGUUGAAGGCCCAGAGCAAGGGGCUACAUUGGAUUACAGGUUUUUCUAGAGAGAGAGAGGAUAAUUCGCUUUGCAGGCCUUGAUGGCCCAAAUUCCAAGCUUGGACAAUGCCCCUCUGAAUCUCACUUCUCUCAGGGAGCAAUCUCGAAAGGAGCUCAUCAACAUACUAAAAAAUAUACGAGGAAGGAAGCUACUUCUUGUUGAUCCCAAACUCAGCGGUUCUCUUAAUCUCAUCACACAGUUUUCACUUCUGAAAGAACAUGCUGUGGAAAAUUUGCGGCAUAUUUUGGGAGAGCCUAUUCAAUCUGAUUGUAGAAGUAUACUUUACCUUGUUCGCUCUGAAAUCAAUUUGAUGAAGUUUAUUUCUUCACAUAUUCAACAUGAUGUUUCCCAAGGACUUCAAAGAGAAUAUUUUGUCUAUUUUGUUCCUCGCCGCACGGUCGUAUGUGAGAAGAUUUUGGAGGAAGCAAAGGUGCAUCAGAUGCUCACUAUAGGGGAAUAUCCUUUAUAUACACUUCCUCUAGAUGAGGAUGUCCUAUCCUUCGAACUUGAUUUUGCAUAUAAAGAGUGUCAGAUUGAUGGUGAUACAAGCUCCCUUUGGCAUAUUGCUAAAGCCAUCCAUAAGCUCGAGUUUUCGUUCGGAUUGAUUCCCAAUGUGAGAGCGAAAGGCAAAGCUUCAACAAAAGUUGUGGACAUUCUGAAUCGCAUGCAUCGGGAGAAUGCAGUUGGCUCAGAUGUCGGCGUCCCAGAAAUAAAUACACUUAUCUUGCUCGAUCGAGAGGUGGAUAUGAUAACUCCUAUGUGUUCUCAAUUGACAUAUGAGGGACUUCUGGACGAGUUUUUCCACAUCAAUAAUGGUUCAGUUGAGCUAGAUGCAUCAAUCAUGGGGUCUCAGCAGAGUGGAAAGAAGAUGAAGGUCCCACUUAAUUCAAGUGAUAAGCUUUACAAGGAGAUACGAGAUCUUAACUUUGAAGUGGUAGUUCAGGUGCUUCGUCAAAAGGCAACUUCAAUGAAGCAGGAUUAUACAGAAGUGACAACUCAAAGUCAAACGGUGUCUGAGUUGAAGGAUUUUGUCAAGAAGCUUAACUCACUACCAGAGAUGACAAAACAUAUAAAUCUUGCUCAAGAAUUGUCCAAACACACAACGAAGCCAUCGUUUUUAGGACGACUUGACAUAGAGCACACGAUUGUGGAUGGUCAAAGUUAUGAAAUAUGCUUUGAGUAUAUAGAGGAAAUAAUCCAUAAGCAAGAACCAAUUGGCAACGUCCUACGCCUACUUGUGAUGUUCUCCAUUACAAAUGCUGGUUUGCCAAAGAAACACUUCGAUUAUUUCAGGAGAGAGCUUCUCCAUAGCUAUGGAUUUGAGCACAUGACAACUCUACGUAAUUUGGAGAAGGCUGGUUUAUUCAAGAAACAGGAAUCCAAGAGUAACUGGUUGACUGUCAAACGUGCAAUGCAACUAGUUGUUGAUGACACUGACACUGCCAACCCUAAUGACAUAGCAUAUGUCUUCUCUGGAUAUGCCCCCCUAAGCAUUCGACUUGUUCAACAUGCCAUAAGAUCUGGAUGGCGUGCCAUUGAGGAUAUCGUAAAGCUAUUACCUGGACCACAUAUGGAACUCAAAAGAGAGGGAUAUCCCAACAGUUCAGUAUUGGAGACUCAACAAGAAGGCCUCGCCAACCUCGAUAAGCUAGACUCAAAUGUUGGAUCUGGUGGUCCAUGGAGCUGCAGACCCGGAAGGCAUGUUGGGAUUUUGGUCAAGCCCAUAAAUAUACACAAUAUGUUAUUACAUGGAGAUCCAGUGAAGGAGAACCAAAGUGCAUGUUGGGACUACACCACCAACUGCAAAAAUGAAGGAAAAAUACAAAGAUUGGUAGAUGGGCGACGGUCUCUUGUUUUGGUUGUCUUUAUUGGAGGAGUAACAUUUGCUGAGAUUUCUGCUUUACGAUUUCUAAGUUCACAGGAAGGAAUGGCCUAUGACAUAAUCAUUGCCACUACGAAGAUGGUGAAUGGUCAAACCUUGCUGGAAGGAUUCAUGGAGAUCAUGCCAUAGAAAUGGAAAUUCUUCAGGUUUGAUUUGCUGGGUUUUAUUUUUGUCUCCUGCAAUUCUCAGAGAUUUUCAAUCAUGGCUAGGGGGACCGAACACACAGGAAUUGAACAAAUUACACGAGAAGGCUUUGUGGAUAAAUUGGUGAAGCUUUCUAGAAAUCCAUGAACUUUGUUCUUUGCUUGGGAGGAGAGUGAAUUGAACCACUUGUUAAGAAACUACGUAUAUUGUUAAUGUCUUUGACGUGACAUUUUUGGUUCUUAGAUAUUAUUCUUUCUUGUGUUCUCAUUUGUUUAAUUUCAUUGCAGAUGUUCUCUAAGUUCCAAGGAAUUAGAGACUUUUGUAUUUGAAGUAGGUUCAAGGCCUUGGUGGACAAGGCCUUGGACCAACUUGUAAAUUUCCUAGUUUACUGAAAUCUAGCAGCCAAGAUUUGGAUUUGCUGA